UCCGCUGACGCGAUGUGCGUUCGGUUGCAGGGCUUUCUUAUCAGAUUUUUUUUCUUUGGUUUUUGAUUAGUACAAACGAAAACCAAUUUUUCAGGUGUUCCUCGAACGACGUUAAGCACGAAAUCGCAAUAUUUUAUUGUGCUAUUUAUAUAGUACUGUCGACAACUUGCAGUUUUGCCCAUACGUAUAAAUGCAAGCUAAAAUUACACGCUGUAAAAAAACCUGAAAGCAAACUAUGGCAAGAAUGAUGAGACUACUAUGCAUCGAACCGAGAACACUUUUUCUUGGCGGAGAUGUACUUCACGGCCGUCCUCUACAGCUCUAGGGCUCUAGAGAGAUAAUCGUGUGUGCCAUUCUUGGGCUGACUACCAUGUGAUACAGCAGCUUCAAAUGAAGAGCCAUGGUUAUGUAUGGAAGAAAGCUCUCCAGCGGGUCGUCAUGUUUGCUGGUAAUUAGGUCAAUGGGGAGUUCGGCAUCGUAGAAAAGAAACCGGCAUGAAUCUUAGUUUUGAAGCAUUUAAAGCCUGACAUAAGGAAGAAAUCCUCAGCAUGGCAGCAACAAUCGCAAGGAUACCUUCGGAACCACACUAUUUAGAUACUUUCUGGUACAAGUAUGUGCUCUCAGUUGCCGCAGCAGCAGUCGCCGAAACAGCGACUUACCCGCUGGACAUCGUAAAGACACGUCUGCAAGUCCAAGGAGAAAUGAUGGCCAAGGGCCACAAGGUCCAGCACAGAGGGUUCUUUCGGACACUCUUUGGAAUAGUACGAGAAGAGGGGAUUGUGCAGUUGUGGAAGGGCCUUCCACCAGCCAUCUACAGGCAUCUGAUCUACAGUGGCUGCCGUAUGAAUUUGUACGAGGCCAUGCGAAACCAUUUCCUCCGAAAGAACGGAGACCGUAGGAUGCCCCUGUGGCAGUGUGUCAUGGUAGGCGUAGUGGCCGGUGGCUUCGGGCAGUUCCUGGCCAGCCCCACGGACCUGGUCAAGGUGCAGAUGCAGACAGAAGGACGGAGGAGACUUAUGGGGCUGCCGCCUAGGGUGGAGAGCACGUGGAAAGCGUUUAAAAAAAUUGCGUCCGAAGGCGGUGUCCGAGGCCUGUGGAAGGGGUGCACGCCAAACAUCUACAGGGCGGCGCUCGUCAACCUCGGAGACCUGACGACGUACGAUACCGGGAAACGACUCGUCCUGCAGCACACCAGCCUCGAAGACAACUACGUGACCCACUCUCUGGCAAGCGGAAUGUCUGGACUAGUCGCGGCCACUCUGGCCACUCCGGCAGACGUCAUUCGCACUAGGGUAAUGAAUCAACCGACAGACGACAGAGGAAGAGGACUUUUAUACAAGUCUCCCCUGGACUGCCUUAUGAAGACUGUACGUGGCGAGGGCUUCAUUGCGCUCUACAAGGGUUUCUUUCCAAUUUGGGCAAGAAUGGCACCAUGGUCUUUCACCUUCUGGAUCACUUACGAGGAACUCCGUCGCUUCAGCGGGGUCUCCUCUUUCUGAGGGUUUCCGUCGAUCCGACGUUUUCCUCUCGGGUCCAAGAAAAAUGCCUUUAUUUUUUGCUCACGAUGGAAUCGAAUAUUGACAGAAUGGUUUUUGUUUCUUUCACCUGUGAUAUCAGAUGCUAACCCAAAGCUGGAUAGAAUUAUGCCACUCGUGCUGGUAAACAGACAGACAGAGAGAGAGACGCCUAUUUACCACCUUUACCCAAAAUACCUUAUUUUUAGACCAACGUUAUUAAUGCAAACGUGGCAACACGGUUCACGCCGUUCGCUGUACCGCCAUUUUUUGUUGCCUAUGGCAAGAUUAGUGUACCGUUAGUCAGUGUAGUAAAAGUACUAUUGUCACAGUUUGAA